CUUCUUUCUGUAAUCCAUGGCAAUUUCUGAUAUCAUCCAAAACACGCUUGAUUUAGUUCCCAAACAUAAGCGAGAAAUUCAGGUAAUCAGCAUCGGCUCUGCCGUUGCAUUUGCUUUGUCCUAUAUUGCCUAUGAUAUUUUUUUGCUACCACCUCGUAACAUUCGGCAUUUGCCGCACUGGAAGUAUCCUGACUUUAUCAAAAAAAUCUUGAUAAAGCGAGCAAAUUUUGAAAACGACAUGAAUUAUUUUAAGGAAAAAGCAUCCCAUCCUGGUCUUAACUUGAGGCCGGAUCGAAUCGGAUGGUCGGUUCAUGUUUCUAGUCCUUCUGGGGUAAAAACUAUCUUCAACAAACCAGAUAUUUUUAUCAAAGCACCAAAUGGUAUAGGAACUCAAGGGACAAUUUACAAUAAGUUCAUCGGUGGAUCCAAUGUACUGCUUUCUGACGGUGAGGAAUACAGGAGACAUAGAAAAGCUGCAAAUCCUGCAUUCCAUCGCUCCAUGCCAGUUCAACUUUUUGGGCAUAUGACACAGACUAUGUUUGAAGAGAUUGACCGAUUACAAGGCAAGAGCGUAAAUAUGACGGAUCUAUGCGAGCGUUUGACUUUGGAUAUUCUUGGAAGAGCCGUGUUCGAUUUUGAAUUCAACUCCACGGGAAAUCCUAAAAACGAAUGGGCCAUGGUGUAUCAAUCCAUCAUGGAAGCUAUGAACCAGAGAUUUUUCUAUUUCCUUCCAUUUAUGGAUCAAAACAGCUGGCUUAUGCUGUUUCCAAAAAGACGACAAGCCCAUCAACAGCUGGCAAAGUUUUUAGGGAUGAUUUCUGAUAUGAUUGUUUUGAAGCGUGAGAUGAUUGAUCGCGGCAAUAGUGAACUUAAUGAUAGUGAAGUUGAUAAAAGAGAGACUGAUCUCCUAACAUUGAUGAUCGAAAGUGAAGCCAAAAACGACAAGGACAGCUUAACAAACGAUGAAAUCAGAAGUAACUUAUGCAUCUUUUUCUUUGCGGGUCAUGAAACCACUUCAAACGCGUUUGCUUUCACUAUUUACAACCUUGCUAAAAACCAAGAUAUACAAGAAAAAGCCCGCCAAGAAGCAAUUCAACAAUUAGGUGACGCCCCAGAAGAUAUAUUUCCAACACUUGAGGAUGCGUUAAAGCUAACAUAUAUCAAUCAGAUCAUGAAGGAGACAAUGAGAAUGUUUGGGCCGGUUAUUGAUACUGCACCACGUAUUACAAGCGAAGACACUUAUAUUGACGGCGCUUUUAUUCCCAAAAAUACUUUUGUCACUGCAAAUUUAUUCAGUCUUCACCAUGAUGAAAGUAUAUGGAAGAAACCUGAUGAUUUUAUUCCCGAAAGAUUUGAACCUGGAGGUGAGGCUGAUCAGAUUUAUGAGCAGGGGGUAAAUUGGGCUCCUUUUGGUGGUGGAAGACGCCAGUGCAUCGGCAUGAAUUUCAGUUUAUCCGAACAGAGAGUCAUGAUAUCCAUGUUAUUACGUAAAUAUAGUUGGGCAUUACCAGAAGACUCUAUUCACAAAGAGAAGGCGAUAACAAGUGGUAUCAUAGCAAUCAGCCCUGUGAACCUUUGCAUAAACUUCAAGAGGCGAUAUUAAAAACGAUGUUACACCAACUUUGUCAGAUAUGGCUUUGCGCAAUGUUGGUUAUUUUUAUUCCCGGGAGUUUUCAAGAUGUUAAA